AUGUGUAAUUCUUUAUAUUUUUGUAGGUUUGCAGGUAAUUUUGUGGCUAUUACUCACCUCGGCGACAUUUUGAAAAAUAGCAAAGGAGAUAUCGUAUAUAGUCCGAGGUGGAGUCUCGAGUUCAUUAUCAAUUAUGACCGCUCCCUCAACAAGAAGAACUUUGGAGCUCCCUUCUCUUUCCUAGCGGAGAUGUUCAUGCGUGCGGUCUAA